ACAAUGAAGUUAAAAUCUGAGCUAUUGGUCCAGCCAUCGGGCGAGAUAUGGAAGAAAAUCAGGAUUGAUCUGAACGAGGACGUCAAUACACGUGACCAGGACCUCGCCGCCAUCAAGGAAUGGCUGCGGAAGCAACCGCACCUGCCUGAUGAAUGGGAGGAACGUGCACUAAUGACGUUCUUAAGAGGUAGCAGUUUUUCCCUGGAAAAGUGCAAGAGAAAACUGGAUAUGUACUUCACAAUGCGCGCGGCCUGUCCAGAAUUCUUUACGAACAGAGACGCCACAAGCCCAGAACUUAAUGAAAUCCUCACUAACAAAAUACAAGGUCCUCCACUGUCAGGUAUUACGCCUAAUGGAAGAAGAGUCACCAUAUGCAGAGGUAGUCACCCUAACUUAGACUCUCAAGAAAUAACAGACACUCUUAAACUAGCUUUGAUGAUUGGUGACAUUCGGCUAUUGGAGGAAUUGGAAGGAGUCUCCGGAGAUGUGUAUGUACUGGAUGCUGCCGUGCUGGGACCCAGUUUGUUGGCUAAAUUGUCCCCUUCUACCAUUAAAAAGUUCAUGAUCUGUGUACAGGAGGCGUAUCCUGUAAAAUUGAAGGAGGUCCAUAUUGUAAACACAUCGCCCAUAGUAGAGACAUUCCUGAACUUUGUAAAACCAUUCCUCAAAGAAAAAAUCAGGAAACGGAUAUUCAUCCACAAAGAUGUGAAGGAUCUAUACAAGUAUGUGCCGCAAGAUAUGCUGCCUGCAGAGUACGGCGGCACUUGUAGCACCAUGGGCGAUAUACAUGAACAAUGGACUUGCAAGCUGAAAGAAUAUCGUGAUUGGUUCGCUGCACAGGAGUCCGUGAAAGCAAACGAAUCUCUGCGACCGGGCCGGCCGACCAACUACGACGAACUAUUUGGGAUAGACGGCUCGUUCAGGCAACUCACGAUCGACUGACCACAAAGUCUACUCGGCUCAUAUUGUGAUACUGAUUUAGAUUCUAUUACUUUUAUAAAUUAGGUUGAAAUUAAUGUUAAUUA